GGCCUGGCCCCUUUUCGGUCGCGGCUGCCGCCACGCGAACAUGCCCCUCGCCAAGGACCUGCUGCACCCCUCGCCCGAGGAGGAGAAGCGCAAGCACAAGAAGAAGCGCCUCGUGCAGAGCCCCAACUCCUACUUCAUGGACGUGAAGUGCCCAGGUUGCUACAAGAUCACCACGGUGUUCAGCCACGCGCAGACCGUGGUGCUGUGCGUGGGCUGCUCCACGGUGCUGUGCCAGCCCACGGGCGGCAAGGCGAGGCUCACAGAAGGAUGCUCCUUCAGACGGAAGCAGCAUUAAAGGAAAGGCUCCCGAGGUGGCUGGGACUACGUGCACAGAUGGCUGCGCAGAGGAAGAGCGCGGGAUUUGGUUCAGGAGUGACCCAAGCGCUUCAGCCAGGUGAACUUGGAAUUUGAACCGAGAAUGUGACUUCCAUGCUGUCCCUGUAGCCC